UGUUGGUGGUUAAUUCCAACUUCAUCACUAUUUGUCUGACUACCGCUGACUGUGGAUCACUGCAACUUCAUUGUCCGACUACCGCUGACUGUGGAUCACUGCAACUUCAUCACUUUCAGUUCAUUACCGCAGACUAUGGAUCACUGAUCUCUGUGUUGCUCAGAUCCACUGUUUUCUGCCUGAAUUAAGGCUGCUGAUUUCAGUCUUCUCCGUAAUUGGAUUCUUCUACGGUGACCUUUUGCAUCAUAUUAUAUAUUGUAAUUCAGAAAGUAUUGCAACAGUUAAUAUCAAUACUUCUGUUUUUAUGCUUUGUUUUUUUUCUCUGUAUAAUCUGGAAAAGCUUUUUGUUUCUUUCUAGUUGAUCUAUGCUGCUGUAGCAGCAAAAUCUACAGUAUGAACAUAAAACUAGAAGAGGGUGUGCAUUUUUUCUUUUCACAAACAUAGUCCAAGUCAAUCUGAAGGUUGAAAGAUUUUCCGCCACGCGCUUCGAGUUUUGCCUUUUAUUGUAUACCUCUAUCCGGUCACCGUAAGCACCACGAAGACGACAGAGAAUCCCUCCGUAAAGCAUUUUUCUAUCUGUAACACCAAGGAUACUUACACAAAUGCUAGAGCUUCCUGUUUGCUUUCUCCUUAAAUUGUGCAACAUAUAAUGAGAUCUCUUUUAAGUUAUAAGUUUGCAAUUUUGAUGGUAUUCCUACUUAUGAUCACCAUGAAUGAAGCAGCAGGUCAAAUUUUAGAAAUUGGAUCUGCACUGCUGCCGGAUGACACAGCAAACAGAUCUUUUGUUAUAUCUGAGAACGGUACGUUUGCCUUUGGCUUUUACUCCACUUCUCCAAACACAUAUGCAGUGGGGAUCUGGUACAAUCAAAUAAAGGAUAAAUAUGUGGUUUGGAGGGCUACCAGUACCAGUAUUCCUGCGGGAUCAAACGCUUCACUACAGCUGGCUGAAAGCGGCGGCCUGCUUCUCAGGGACAAUUCUGGGGCUCUUGUAUGGACAACCAACACUACCGCCAAUUCUGUGACAUUCGGACAGAUUCUUGACACCGGGAAUUUUGUUCUAACAAACAACGCUUCUAACAUUGUAUGGUCUACUUUUGACAACCCGGCCGACACUCUUCUACCAGGCCAGAUUUUGACGGCGAAGGCAAGGCUCAGGAAUACCAGAAUACCCUCUCGCUAUUCUCUUGGCAUUCAAAACAUGGGCACAGAAUCUGUGCUGGCGCUGUUUUGGAAUGAGACCAAAAUCUACAAGAAUCUCACAGUGGGCUCUUCGAUAAACUCCACGGUGUUAGAUUCCACCGGUCGUUUUGCCGUUCGGAACGCGUCGGGGCAAACGAUUGCGUCCUGGUUGAGCUCUGAUUACACAGAUUCUUCUUCCUCAAUUCGAAGAAUCACAUUAGACGGUGACGGCAAUUUGAGGAUUCACAGGUGGGCUGCAGAUGCGGGCGAUUGGGCGGUCGGAUGGCAGGCAUUGGAAGACGAAUGCCGGGUGAACGGGUUGUGCGGAGAAUACGGGCUGUGCAAAUACAUUGAGGGGAAACGGACAUGCGUGUGCCCUCCUGGUUUUGUUCAGAGCAGUCAAGCAGAGAAUUGGACGAGCCAAGGCUGUAAAAGACUCGCUCCACUCGAUUGCCCUGCGCCGCAAGUCAUAUCGUUGGCAAACACAGUCUUCUUCUGGGACGGAACUGAUUUUAUCGUCGGAAACGCCACCAGCGAAUCUGAUUGCAUGGCAGCCGUACGGCAGACUCCGGCGAUGACGGCUGCGACGUUUCCCAACAAUGGCUCCGGGAUGUGCAUUCAAAAGCGGGUGUCUUUCGUUAGCGGCUACGAAUCGCCCUCAUCCCGUUCCGUUUCCUUCAUCAGAAUUUGUGGCGAGGCGGUUCAGCCAUUGGAACCUCCGGGGAGUAACGAAUUUGUUUGCUCGGCUUCCGAUCGCAGAGUUUUGCGAGGGUUUGUCUCUGCAUCGGCUUCUCUUAACUUGAUCUUGUUUAUUUCGCUUUUGGUAUGUUGGCGUCUUCUGUAUCAGCAGAGAAGAAAAGGCGUGGAUGUACAGCCUUAUCCUCUGCUUUUCAACUUUGCGGGCUCUCCUUUGAGCUUUUCGUUUCAGGCUUUGCAGGAAGCCACGGAUAACUUCAGUGUCAAACUUGGCAGCGGCGGUUUCGGUUCGGUUUAUAAAGGAGUCCUGGCGACCACAAAUAUGCCCGUGGCGGUCAAGAAACUGGAGGAUUUGGAAGAGUAUGAGCAAGGAGAUAAGGAAUUUAGCAGCGAAGUGGGUUUCAUGGGCAGGACGCAUCAUUUUAACCUCAUCCGUCUGUUAGGGUUUUGUAGCGAAGGAGCUCAUAGGCUGCUAGUUUAUGAGCUCAUGCCCUGCGGAUCUCUUGACAGGUAUAUAUUCAAGACCGGAGAAGAGCGGCCUCCAUUAAACUGGAAGACCAGGGUGAAUAUAGCGCUUGGAGCUGCAAAGGGGAUCGCUUAUUUACACGAGGAAUGCAGCGAGCCAAUUGCUCAUUGCGAUAUAAAGCCCCAAAAUAUCCUUCUCGACUCCAACUUUCAGCCCAAAGUCUCAGAUUUUGGGCUGUCGAAGAUUAUAGGGAGAAGUCGCCAUAUUCAAUAUCAGUCCAUUACACUGAGAGGCAGUCCAGGUUAUAUGGCUCCAGAAUGGCUGGCGGAUGUUCCCAUUACCUGUAAAGCCGAUGUUUUCAGUUUUGGGAUUCUUCUGCUGGAAAUUGUAGGUGGAAGAACUAAUGUUGAUCUGUUAAGCGUUGACGAGGACAAACGAGUGUACUCGGCGUGGGCAUAUGGAAUGGCAAAAGAGGGGAAAUAUGUUGAUGUUGUGGACGAAGAAAUAAGAGAUGGGAGUGAAAUUGAUGAGGUGCAGAGAUUGUUGCAGGUUGCAUUUUGGUGCAUCCAGGAAAACCCACAUCUGAGACCCACCAUGGGAAAGGUUGUCCGGAUGUUGGAGGGAACCUUUCCUUUGGAAGGCUUACCAUCGUCAAUUCAUACUCAAUGCUUCCCGCAUAUGUCAUCAGAAAUCUCUUCAUCGAGACAGCAAAUGAAUGAAAUCAGAGAGGUACAGGGGGUUUAUGUUGAAAGUUUGUCUGAAUAAGAUAAGCUGCUGUGUGUAUGUUGUAGCUUGAUGCAGAUUCUUAAUGGCAUCCAAGGGAUCGAUUUGAGGGUUUA